GUGAAAGCUAUCGAUGGCGUCAGGCGGCAACGGCGGAGGUGUGGAGUGGCACGUACGGCCUCCAAACCCGAAGAAUCCAAUCGUCUUCUUCGAUAUUACUAUUGGUACAAUUCCUGCCGGUCGUAUAAAAAUGGAACUCUUCGCCGACAUCGCCUCUAAAACCGCCGAAAAUUUCAGGCAAUUAUGCACCGGUGAGUUCAGAAAAGCGGGAUUGCCUGUUGGUUACAAGGGAUGCCAGUUCCAUAGAGUGAUCAAGGAUUUUAUGAUUCAAGCGGGUGAUUUUGUCAAGGGUGAUGGUAGUGGAUGUACUUCGAUCUAUGGACAUAAAUUUGAGGAUGAGAAUUUCAUUGCCAAACACACUGGUCCUGGUCUAUUAUCAAUGGCAAAUAGUGGACCAAAUACUAAUGGGUGUCAGUUCUUUAUCACUUGUGCAAAAUGUGACUGGCUUGACAGUAAGCAUGUUGUAUUUGGGAGAGUGCUUGGAGACGGUCUUUUGGUCGUCAGGAAGAUUGAGAAUGUUGCUACCGGACCCAACAACCGUCCAAAACUGGCAUGCAUUAUCGCAGAGUGUGGAGAAAUGUAAAAGGUGAAAUCAAGAAAAUACUAAUGAGGAUCAACUAAUAACAUAUAUUCUGUAACUAGUAUGAGCUGAGUUAGAAUUAAUUCUUGAAGUCCAUUGAUGACAUCUGCCAUAGUUGUUCUGCUUUUUUUAGCAAAACAUAUACAUUAUGAAGAAGUGAAUUUUUUUUUUUUUUUUUUUAUGACAACGGGAUAUCUAAUCAUAUAUUUUACUUUGUAAGUUGCUUGUGAAUUUGGCAUCUAAUGCAAAUUUAUUUAGCUUA